AUGAAAUAAUCAGAUUAAUAAAAGACUCAUGUUCCCAGAUCGAUGAGUUAACAUUUACUGACAGAAUAAGAAAUAAAGAAGAUCUUCCCAUAUACUUAAAGCAUUCAUAAUAGAUAUUUGGAACAAAAUAGAAUGGAGAGCAUCAGAGAUGAAUUAAAUAAUUAGUAGUAAUAAUCGAUCUCCUCUCAUAUUAAAGAUCUAAUAGUCAAGUAAUGAUAAUAUUCAAUUGAUAAUAGAGAUAAGUUGAAGCCUAAAUUAUUACAACCGAUAACUAUGUUGGAUGAAAGCUGCAAUAGAGGAGUUAGAAGAAUGAAGAAACUAUUAUAUCAUGAUUCAUAAAAUAUUAACCUCCACAAUAUAAAUUAAAGGAGGGAAAUGGUUUAAUUGGCAUAAUGGCUAGAUAUGAUGGUGGAAUAGGUUCAUUCGUAAAAGAUAACCGAAUAUUAAGAAUACUAUAACAAAUUGGAAAUAGUCUUUCAAGGCUCAGUUUUGGAAUUAGAAAGAUAAAUUACAACUGUAGGUUUUGAAUGUGGACAAUUUUUGAAGAAGCUAUGGGAAGCUUUUACUUAAGAAGUACAAAAAAUAAUUUUAGGAUUACAAUAAAGAAAUUAACAAAUAGAAUAGAAAUGCUUAGAAGAUAUAAAUUAAUUGCAUAAGAAUUAUUAAGAUGCUAUAGAAAAAUAAGCCGAAUCCAUGAGGAUGAUGAAGGAAGAAGCAUUAUCUGUUUAGAAUACUAUUGUAAAAAUGAAGAAGGAAAAUGUUUAUUUAAGGAAGAAAGAUAAAAGAAGAGAAGAGCAAUUGAAUGAUCUCAUGAGUGACUUUUGGGAAUAGAAUUUGCAGUUAAUCGAAUACUAAGGAAUUGAUAAAUUUCAUAAGUAGGCUCAAACAGCAGAAGAGAUGGAUCUAGUUUUAUAAUAGAAGGAUAUGUUUGAGUUCUUUAAACAGAAAUUCGAAGUGCAUAAAAAAGAAAUUGAAAAUUAAUAUAAGUAAGAUUUGUUAAAUGAUUUAGAAUUCUUACGUUAUAGGAUGAAUAUUAUGAUGGAUCAACUCAUUUAAUCAUAACUGAAUCUUCUGUUGAUACCAGUGAUCUAAUUAAGACAAGAGAGUAAAGUGAAGAUACAUCAGAAUAUUUUAUAUAUGUGAGUACUUCAACUUAGACUCCAAAACAAGCUAAGAAAGUAGAUGAAGAAAUCUAAGUGUAACCUACUUAAGGAAAUCAAGAAUCUUAAGUCAAUUCAGUAUAGUUGAGAAAAGAGAGAGUGCCCAGAAAUUAAAUAGAGUCAAAAUUGUUUAGGAGAGCUAAAUUUCCUUUAUCUGAGAUUAUCUCAGAAUACAGUUCCCUAUAUUUCCCUGAAUAAGAAUUGAGUAGUAAUGACCCUUAAUUUAUUGUCAUUAUGGCUGAUUAAAUUGCUUAAUUAAAAGAUAGAAUUGAAGAUUUAUUGACUGUCUUGAAUUUGAGAGGAGACAAUUCAAGUGAAGAUAUUUUAGCAAUCAAACAAUAUUUGCAAUUGAAUUAUGGCAAUUUCAAUUUUUAUUUUAAUGUAGAUUCUAUAUACCAUAUUGUAGUAAUGUUGGAAUGUGUUAUAAACACAAAUCUCUGUUGUGAUGGAUGCUAAAAUAGACAAAGAAGAAAUGGAACUUGAAAUGAAAGAAAUUGAGAAUAAAUUUAAUGAGAAUAUUGUUUUAUUCAAGAAAUACCACAAUAGAACCAAAGAAAAAGAAACAAUUGUAAAAUUAUUUAAUAUUAUGAGUCUAAAUUUUAUGAAGACUCUUUAAUAAAAGUUAUCAGAUAUGCUCCAUAAUUUUUAAUUAAUCAAAUAAAAGAAUAAGCUAACACAUAUGGAGUUUUGGAGAAUGUUGAAUUUAAGGAGUUUAAAAGAAGACAAGGUACAAAUGUCGAUCCCAAAUAAUAAUAACAAUUAUCUGCCAAAGAUCUUGACUCACCAACCAGAUCUCCUAAUAAGACUUUGACAACAAUCAAUAUUUCUAAGCCAAUAAUGAAAAUUUAAAAAAUAGGCAGCCAAAUUGAGAUUUCAAGUAAAGAUGAUGAUGACAUCUACAAAAGUGAUUCAUCGAAAGAAGGGUCAGGAGAUGAGAGUGAUGUUUCCUUUAGUUAAAUUAAACUGGAUUUUAAACAAAGCAAACCAAAAUUAACAAUUGAAAAGAAACUAAGAAUAUCUACAUGUCCUAUAAAAUCAGCCUCGUAUGCUACUAAUUUAUUAAAACAAAGUAUUAUCAAUUGUUAUUAUUUAAGUGAUAUCCAAAUUCAAUAUCAAUCAGAGAACUGGAUUAUAUCAAUUAAGUACUAUCCUCUAAAGUUAUCAAGAAUUAAUCAUGAAAAUUCCUAAUACUAUUUAAAAUACUCCUCUACAUGUACAUAUGUAUGAAAAUAUUGUUUCACAUUAUGGCUAAUCGUAAUUUAGUGAUGCAAAUAGAUACAAGAGAACUAUCAAGAGUUUCUUAUUUUUUGAGUAAAAAAGCAGUACUUGUCAAUUAGUUGUUAAAUUUUUGAAAGCCGAAUACGAUAUCUAGGAUCUUAACUUAUAUCUACAAAUAGUUUAAUCAUUAUAAGAAUAUCCAAGUGUUUCAUAUUCAAAAUUCAUAGACACAUUACUCAAAUGGUUUUCUGAUAAUAAGUAUUCUUAAAGUGAAAUUGAAAAUAUAAUAUAUGACAUAUCCACAUCAUAAGUAGCUUAUAUGUAGAGCUAAUAAGGACCAUGUGAUUAUGAUAUUUUGAUGUACUAGUUUUUAGAGAUUUUUCAAAAAUACAAGAAUCGUACAUCUAUUAAAUAUAAGCAUCUCUACAUCUCUGUUGAUCUAUUGAACAAAGGAAGUAUUGACUUUUAAUAAUGGAAUUUUCUUUAUGAAGUUUUAUGUUGCAUAAAUUACUCAUUUUCAAUUCGGCUAUUCUACUAAGAAGCUGAUUAUUGUGGAGAUAGUGGAAAGAUGAUGUCCAAAUAAAGAUUUACAUUAGUUUGUGAUGAAUUAAAGAUAUUUUAGGAAGAUGAUCAAAUUAAAUUAUUAGAUAGGGAGACCUACUUUACAAUAAGGGAAAAGAUCAAUACCUAAUGGAUGAAAGAAAAGAUAGUAAUGAAAAUGUCUUUCAUUAAGGCAAAUAAAGUAUCUUAAAUAUCUAACUAUAUAGUAUAAUAAAUUUAUUAAGAGUAUUUUUGGAGCAAUUGAUUCUUUUGUUCAAAAUCCAAAUACUUGUUAAUUUGAACCUGAGUCAAUUUGUUACAUGUACAAACUAUUAUAAAAAACCUGGAAGCCCUACUUUUUAGAAUCACAAUUAAAUAUAGGCAUACCUGUAGAAAUUUCACUUAUCAACACUACUUACAGGAAGUUGGAACUCAAAAUUCUCAACAAAGAUUGA